AUGAUGACUUUGUCUGCUCCGGCAGCUCCUCCUCUCUGGUCUGCUGCAGUAGCAGACGCUGUUGAGGGCACAAGAGGCCUUCAUUCCUUAAUGCUGCUGCAGCAGCAGAAGCAGCAGCAGCAGCAGCAACAGCAGCACCAACAGCAGCACCAACAACAACACCAACAGCAGCGGCAACUGCAGCAGCAGCAGCAACUGCAGCAACUGCAGCAGCUGCAACAACUGCAGCAGCAGCAGCAGCAACCCUAUAGUACCCUCCAACGCUGCGUGGGUGGUCUCCACAGCCAAGAUCGGCAGCAGCAGCAGCAGCAUCAGCUACGUCACGAGCAGCUGCAGCAGAACUUGAAUAUUCAAGCAGCACUGCUGCUGCGGCGUGCAGCAGCUGAAACAGCAUCUGGCUCUGCUGCUGCUGCUGCUGCUGCUGCUGCUGCUGCUGCACGGGAAGGGGAGAUGGGAUCCUUCCCUAUAAAUGCAGAGAUGAUGGAUGAUGAGGCUGUUACGCUGCAGCUGUUGGGCGAGGUAGAGCGCAGAGGCAGCAGCAGCCGCAGCAGCAGCAGCAGCAACAGCAGCAGCAGCAGCAGCAGCGAUAGCUCUCUUCCGCUUAUUAUUGAAACUUCUAAUGAGUCAAGCAGCGAUUCAGAACCUGAUGCAGAUUGGGCAGAGCUGACGCUGGAGGAAGCAGCAGAAGAAGGCGGGGGCUUUAGUUAUUACAGCCUUCCUCUCAUGUCUGCUUCGCAGCAGCAGCAGCAGCAACAGCAACAGCAGCAGCAGCAGCAGCAGCAGCAGCGAGAGUACCACCAUCUUAUGCCUGCUGCUGCGGGGGCCCCUUUGUCCGUCUCCAGGCAUCAACAAAUGCAAGAGAGAGCGCGGGAGGAAUUCACAGCCGUCCCUGCUGCAGUCUGCGCACACCGUAAAUACCCUACACCCAGAGGAAGCCCUUCCGCUAGUCAGUUCAGAAGGCCAGCUGCAGCGCAGCAAGAACAGCAGCAGCAGCAGCCGCAGCAGCAGCAGCAGCAACAGCAGCAACAGCAGCAGCAGCAGAGUUUUUCGUUUGUGCGGGGGUUGGCAACGGCCUUUAAGGAGAAGAUUUUUGAUGUAGUUAGGCCGGAGGCAAAGGGAGAGUUGAAGAAAGAGACCCUAGAUAAACCAAAUGAAGAAGCAGCAGCAGCAGCAGCAGCAGCUGCUGCUGCUGCUGCUGCUGCUGUUGCAGAGACACCGGGAAUUGUUGCGCUACAAAUGGGGUUGCUCCAUUUGUCUAGAGAAGAGAAGAGACUAAGAAGGCGGCAGACAACAGCAUUAAAGCAGAGAUCAGCAUCAGCAGCUUCCUCUAGCAGCAGCGCGAGUGAGAGCAGCAGCACAAGCGGGACGCCCAGAACAGGGAGCAGCAGCAGCAGCAGCAGCAGCUGCUGCAGCAGCAGCAGCGGUUGUAACAGGAGCACCAACGGGAAGCAAAGAAACCGCAUUCAAUCAAGCAGCUCCUCUAUCUUGAGGUGUACAGACACCGGAAGUAUGCGCACAGUUCGCCGCUGUAUCUCUUCCCCUACUUUUGCUGCAUUUAUUUCUUCUUUACCCUCAAAUAAAGGAGAAAGAGAUCAGCUACAGCGACGCAGAGCAGCCAGCAAACAAUACUCAUUAACAAGGUCUCUGCUGCAGCAGGCAGAAGACGCAUCACAACCCAGCCCCCCCACUGCAACAGACACAACAGCAGCAGCUGCAGCAGCAGCAGCAGAAGCAGAAGCAUCUUAUCCUUCGGCUAUCCACGCUGCAGCGAAGGGCCCUGCAUGCAUGCAUUGCAGUGGAGGGGAGAGCAGGGGACAAGCUGCUGCUUCUACUGCUUCUGCUGCUUCUGAUGCUUCUGCAGCAGCAGCAGCAGCAGCAGCAGCAGCAGCAGCAGAGCGGGGCCGUCUGCAGCGGGAGCAGCGAGCCCUCGAUGCUGCUGCUGUGCUGCAGCAGGAGAGAGAGCGGCAGGAGCUGCAGCGCAAUGUACUGUGGUGGUUUGCAAGCGAUAUAUUAAUGCCUGAGUGUUAG